AUGGCAACCUUAAAACCCUUUAAGUUUUCACUCAAUGUUAUCACAAAUUAUCUCUUUGAUUUAUUUUACAAAUACAACUUUGGGAAUCUCUGCAUUUGGUUGGGUUACCAUCUACAGUAUUUGGUAGUGGAUACCAAGGAUGUGGAGUGCAUUUUAGCCACCAACCCAUUGGUCAACAAAUCCGACAUCUAUAAACUCCUCCACCCUUGGCUGGGUGAGGGUUUGAUCACCAGCUCGGGCGCCAAAUGGCAAAAGCAUCGCAAAAUGAUUACCCCCUCGUUUAAUUUCAAUAUUCUGAAUAGCAUUCAGGAUGUAAUGAAGACGAAUUCCGAAAAAUUCAUUGGGAAAUUGAAAGAGAUUUCUCGCAGUGACAACAUUUUCGAUUUUCAGGAGGUGGUCAAUAAUUUGACCUUGGAUGUGAUAUGUGAAACCGCCAUGUGUGUGAGCAUUAACGCUUUGGAUAACCCCCAUUCGGAUUUUGUGCUGGCUGUUAAGUUCAUGUGCUACAAUUCCUAUAAGCGUCUCAUUCAUCCCAUAAAACGGUAUGAGCUGCUCUAUAGAUUAUAUCCAGAAUAUUGGGAGUAUCGGAAACAAUUGCAAAUCUAUAAGGAUUUUAUAUAUGGGAUCAUUGAUAAACGUAUCGAAGCCAAAAAGUCGAGCCAAAACACAAACCCCAGCAACGAGCAGGAGAAUGAGUUUCGCCGACGAAAAUUGUUUUUUUUGGAUUCUCUGCUGGAGGCCACUGUCGAUGGACGGCCAUUGACACGAAAGGAGAUUUACGAUGAGGUGGCAACGCUUAUGUUUGCGGGUCACGAUACAACCACCUCGUCCAUUACCUUUGCCAUAUAUUUGCUCUCACGUCAUGUGGACAUACAGCAAAAAGUCUUGGAGGAACAAAAUCGGAUAAUGGCGGGAAAUCUGAAAGGCAAUGCCACGUUGCAGGAUUUAAAUGAGAUGAAAUAUUUAGAUUGCGUUAUCAAGGAAUCCAUGCGGAUAUAUCCACCGGUGCUCUUUUUUGGCAGACAUGUCGAGAAGGAAUACAAUCUGAAUGGCAAAAUCAUACCAGCCCACACCUCACUGCUCAUAUUCGUCAUAGCAAUGAACUAUAACGAAGCCAUCUAUCCGGAUCCUUAUCGUUUCGAUCCGCAACGAUUUGAUGCCGACCAACGUACGACCACGCAAAAUCCCUUUGAAUAUGUGCCAUUUGGCGGUGGCCAACGUAACUGUAUUGGACAAAAAUUCGCCAUGCUCGAAGUGAAGACGGUCAUCUCCAAGAUUGUUAGAAAUUUCCAAAUAUUAGCCCCCGAAGAUGGCCUAGAAUCGAAAGAUGGUUACAUUAGCACGCUCUAUGGGCCACAACGAGCACGAGCGCCCAAACCCGAUAAAUAUGUGCCGACAUUAUUACAUGCCAUCACGCUGAGAGCGGAAAAUGGCUUGUAUUUGCGUUUAAGGGAGAGGGAGUAAAAAAAUGGUUUAUUUUUUUCAAUAAAGGA